AUCCUUAUUAUAAAAUGACCUAAAAAUGUUGUUACUAAUCAAAGGACACCCACAACAUGAACUGCGAGAAUUAUGAUCCUUCUUUCCCUGACCAGCCAAUAGUCGACCUCUAUCUCCCAGUUUGGGCUAGCCUACCGGCCUUCUUGUCUAAGCCAGCCUUCAUCUGGGCUGAAGAUGGAAAUGGUGGUGUAACCAAGGGUUCAGUUCUUACUUAUGCCCAACUCGAUGAAUCAGUUCAGUUAAUUUCCGCCAACUUAAUUAAGCUAUUGCUAAGAGGUGAUGCUGUUAUCAUUUUAUGCCCACCUGGUCUUGAACUCGUUGAGGUCAUCUUUGGGUGUCAAAGAGCUGGCCUUUUGAGCGUACCUAUCUUUCCACCUCACUCUGCUUUCACCAAUGAAAACUAUCACCACCUUAUUAGAGUCCUCUCCCAAACAAAGCCCAAAGUUGCCAUAGCUAACCAGGAUUAUAUUGCAAAUGUUCAACGAUACAUCUCCUCAUCCUCCAGUAAUCAGAAGCUUAGUGAGUUGCUGCAAAAGCUUAGUUGGAUUUCUACUUGUGAUCUCAAAGAUAAGAAGGCAAGUUCAAGUAUGGGGUCUUCUUCGUAUAAUGGUUGUGGCCCAAAUGAAGUCUACCUGAUUCAAUACACUUCAGGUGCUACUGGGAUUCCAAAACCAGUACUGGUGACCGCCGGAUCAGCAGCUCACAACGUAAGAGUAGCGAGGAAAGCUUACGACCUCCAUCCAAACAGUGUUAUAGUCUCUUGGUUGCCUCAGUACCAUGAUUGUGGCCUUCAGUUUUUAUUGCUUACCGUUAUAUCUGGGGCUACAUGUGUGCUAACUUCACCUGGAGCAUUUGUUACCAGGCCUAGGCUAUGGCUGGAGCUGAUCUCAGAGUUCGAAGCUACCUGCACUCCAGUUCCAUCCUUCACAUUGCCACUUGUUGUCAAGCGCGGAGGGGUUCAAAAGGGAACUCGACCCAUAAAUCUAUGGAGUUUGAAAAACUUAAUCAUCAUUAAUGAACCGAUUUACAAGGCAUCAGUUGAAGAGUUUAUUUAUGUGUUUAAGCAUUUUGGGUUUGACCCAUCAUGCAUUUCUCCAUCUUACGGUUUGGCAGAGAACUGCACCUUUGUUUCAACAGCCUGGAGAAGCAAUAGCAACUUUGAUAGUCUUCCAUCUCACAACAAGCUCUUACCGAGUGCGAGACUCACUUCUCAACAUGAACAAGAUGAAGAGGACAUGGACAUUAUAGUCGUAAACGAAGACACGCAUGAACCAGUUGCGGAUGGCUUCGAAGGUGAGAUUUGGGUCUCAUCGCCAAGCAAUUGUUCUGGUUACCUUGGAUACCCAUCUUUAACUCGCGAGAUAUUCCAAGCGAGACUCAGGAAUACGGUGAGCAGAUGUUUUGUCCGCACGGGCGACAGAGGAAUCGUCGAAGGAGAAGCAAGGUUUCUAUACGUGACAGGUCGAUGUUCAGAUGUUAUCAGGCUCCCAAAUGGCAAAGAUAAACACCCUCACUACAUAGAAACAACAGCUUAUAAUGGUUAUAAAGAAUUUCUAAGAGGAGGUUGCCUCGCUGCAUUCGAGAUAUCAAACACAGUAGCUCUCGUUGCAGAGACACAAAGAAGUGAAAAAGACGUUAACGUUUUGAGGCAAAUAUGUGAAGGAAUAAGGAAAGCUGUUUUGGAGGAAGAGAGAGUUGAAAUUGGGAUGGUUGUUCUCGUAAAGAGUGGAAGCGUUCCAAAGACAACUUCAGGGAAAAUUCAAAGAUGGGCAACUAAACAAAAGCUUGUCGCAGGCAAAAUGGAUAUAGUUAUGGAGGUGCUAUUUCAAAAUAAUGAUAAUAAUAAUGUUAGCUUUUUCUCUUCGUCUGAGCCAUUAGUCAAAGCAAAUAAGAGUAUAGAUGAAGAAGGAAGAAGAUCCGCGAUAACUCGUCCCUCUCUGCAUUCUCUUUUGUGA